GAUAGAGUUAAGAGUCGGGAAAUUGCUAUCGGUGAAGAUGCGCAGCAAGCUCGUACUCCAGCACUUUGGCUAACACCUAAUGAUUCACAACCAUACCCUAUAUGUUCAGUAAAUAGCAAUUGGGAUAAAAAUGUUCGAACUGAGACUAGGCUUGAGUUAAACAAAUGGUAUCACAUAGCCUACACACUUUCUGAGCCUCAAAAAUGUAUGGAGCUCUAU